AGUCGGGUACAGCGUGGCCUGGUUAGGCUAAGAGGAAGUUCUGGGUGUGCUGGAUCUUCAUGUCAGGCAUCUGGAGGUGCUGAUGGACGAAGGCCAGUGGCAGAGCGAGGAGCCGGUCAGACGGAGGCAGGGGAGCGGAGGAGGAGAGUCAGACCUCCACAACAACCUAGAGCCGGGCCGCGGCCCGGUUAGCUCCGGUUCAGACCAAAACCAGAACCGACUGGUGGAGGAAGGGGAGGAGGUGGACGCAGGUCCGCUGGGGGGACAACAGUUACUCCAGCAGGACACCGUCAACAACAACGGCGACGAUGACGACGCCGACGAAGACGAGGGCUCCAAGGUGGAGGAGGAUGAUGAAGAGGAUGAGGAGGAGGAAGAGGAGGAGCCAGACAGUAACAGUGGGGCUUUCUCUCCAGACCUGGACAUUCCCAUUAGAGAGUCCCCAAGUUCCAGCCCCAGUCCCACAGUGACUGAGGGGCCCAUGUCCCCCGAGGGAAGACCAGACGGAGCCUCCCCUCAGCCCAGGGGCCUCAGCCCAGCCCUAACUGCAGCUUUACAGCAACUGGGGGAACGCUGUGACCACGCCCUUUUUCCUCAAUACUUACACCAGAUAGCAGAGGCCUUUGUCCUCGAGGAAGACUAUGAGAGAGCAGUCAAGUUCAUUCAGCUGGAGAGACUGUAUCAUGAACGUCUGCUGUCCAAUCUCGCCGCCCUGCAGGAACAAUGGGAGGACAGAUGGCGGUUGGCAGGCCGGUUUCAGGACAGCUGGACAGAAAGUCCUCACUCUGACCUGAAUCCACAUCACCUGGACAAGCUGAGUCACAUCUGCAGCACACACAAACAGCCGGCCGUGCGUUUGGAUAAGUGUGAGCUGGUGGACAAAGUGCAGAAGAACGACUUGAUGAAAGAGAACAUGGCGAGUCUAAGCACUCAGGAGCUUUCAGGCAGCACAGGAAUUGGUACGGCUGAAACUCUGCGGCCAAUGGAGGAGCUGACGAGCUCACAGGAGGUUUCCCCACCGCGGGAGACCUCCACCCAACCAGAGCAGAGAAGCACCACCACAACCAGCCAGCAGAGGGAACCAACAGACCUCCAGGACCCCUGCCUCUCCUCUCUCCUAGUCCCACCCACCUCGGGGCUGACUGACAGCUCUCCCUCUAGGUCCAGUGAAGACGUGAGCGGGGCAGAGGAGAGAACGUGUGCAGCGGCCACUCACACAGACUCGGCGGCCGCGGCAGCGACGGCAGCGUCCCCAGCAGACCUGCCCACCGAGGUAGCCUCUCAGAGCGGGGAGGGCCAAGAAAGGCAGGGACAGAGCGAGACUCCGGAGCGCAGCGUGCAGAUGGAGAAAGGGAAGGAGGCAGUGGACACGGGGCAGGACGGAGGCACAGGGAAAAGCCGCGUGCUGGAGAUCAGGCCAGAGGAAGCUGUCGUCGCGACGGGACCUCAGGAAAAAGAGGACGAAGAGGUGGAGGAGGCGGAAGAGGCCCUGGAGGAUGGGGAUGUGGAGGUAACUUCGGAGGAGAGUCUGGAGUGUGAACCGGGAGAGGACGGACAGGGGGCGGAGCCCGUAGAACUGGCUAAGACGGACACGCUGGACGACUUGGCCAAACGCAUACAGGUGGAAGAGAUUACUCCUGCUGCAGGCCUGGUCUCCAUCCUGAAGAGGAGAGCUUCUCUGGAGGGAGCCAACAGCUCAACCCCUAAACCGGUCUCCAAGCGCAGAGUCCGCUUCAGAGAACCUGAAGACACACUGGACCAAGAUGAGGUGGGCGGAGAUUCCUGGUUGCUCCUCCUACUGUUGUGUCUAGCCACUGUGGUGAUCAGUGUGGGUGGGACUGCCCUUUACUGCACCAUCGGCGACGCCCAAUCAAGCGUGUGCACGGACUUCUCGCACAAUGUGGACUUUUACGUGGGACAGGUACAGCGGGGCGUGGAUGAGCUCAAACACUGGUUCUCCCCUAGCUCGUAGCACGAGAGCA